UGUUGGGAGAAUUAUUGUCCAGCAAAGUUUUCCACCGUGCAUCUUUUAAUUUUACUAUUUGAUUUAAAGUAGCUUUCCACUGUGCAUCUUAAAUUACUACUUAAUUAUAUAUGUGUGUUAGGCAUUUACUUUUGCAUCUUUUAAAGUUUUCCACUGUGCUCAGCUUGACUUCCUGUUCCGUUUGCUCCUUUUCUUCUCCCCUCUUAUUCUUUAAUUGCAUUUUAAGUUGUUCUACUGCAUCUUGUUACACAAUUACAGGAAAAAAAAUUAGAAGCAAGUAAGAAUCAUGGUUGGUUUAUCUGACAUUCCAUUCGUGGGGAAACUUGUGGACAGAAUAUCUGAUGCUGCAGUUGACACCAUCUUCCGUGGAUUCCGUUACAUGUUCUGUUACAAGGAUCUUGUCAAGACUCUCGACUCCCAAGUGCAGAUCUGUCUUACAAGACAUCGGUUGAAUUGGAAGACUAUCGUGAAGAAAGCUUGAAUAGUCUGAUAAAGAAGGCUGAAUAUGUGAGUUUGAAGCGCACUGAUAUUAAUGUGAUCAGUAAUAUCUUCGAUAGCAACCGGGAAGCAUUCACAGAAUUGAGAAAGCUUUACAUCGAAGAAUGUAACAAAAUGAAGUAUCUGGCAAGGAUGUCACAGGGUGAGAUUCAGCAUAGCCAGCAGACAUCUUUUUCUAAUCUAACCUGUUUAGAAAUUAAAGAAUGCUCCGGUUUAAGAUACCUCUUCUGCAACUCUGUUGCAAAACGUCUCACCCAGCUGCAAAAGUUGAUAAUAAGAGAUUGCCCUGCGAUGGAAGCAAUAGUAAUGAAUGAUGGCUCAAGCAAGGGAGAUAUCAUACACUUUCCCAAUUUAGAAGAAUUGGAGCUAAGCAAAGUGCCGAGACUCGGCAGCUUCUGCAGUGAAAAUAAAGACGCCAUGAUGCAGCCCUCUGCUCAGUUUCAACCUCUAUUCCAUAAUAUGGUUGAAUUCCCUUCAUUGAAAGAUUUGAAAAUCGAAAAUGUAAAAGAUACAAGUGAUAUUUGGGAGAGGGAUUACAACUGCGAAUCCUCUUUUUGCAAACUAAGAAGCAUCUCAGUACAAGGCUUUAGUAGAUUGCAAACAAUAAUUCCAGUUGUCAUGUUGCAUAAGCUAUCGAAUCUGCAAUCCUUAAGAAUAAGUGAUUGUAGUUCAUUGAUCUCUGGAGUAGGCACAGAUGCUAGCAACAUAGAUGUAAGCCGAUUGCCAGCUUUAAGUCAUUUGUAUCUAAAUGGAUUGCCUUGUUUAACGGAGACAGGGUUGAAGUCAGGGAACCUGUACCCAAAUCUCAAAAAACUAGAGAUAAACGAUUGUCAUAGCCUUACAAACGUGGUUCCCAGAGAUGUUAUGCACCUUGAGGAAAUUAUUGUAGGAAACUGCAAGAAGAUGAAGAGGAUCGUGGGGGAAGCUAAGCAAGGAGAAAUCAAUGAUGUCUUAGUCUUUCCAGAAUUGACGUGUUUACGGUUAGAGCUUUUGCCAAACUUGACCAGCUUUUGUGGUGAGGAAAUUGAUACCUACAAGGUUGAAUUUCCAAAUGUAAUGAAACUUGAAAUUCGCAGUUGCAAGGAAAUUAAGCUGGAAUUGAUAGAGUUCAGCAGCCAACUAAAGAGCUUGGAUAUAAGUUGUGAUGAGGAGAUGCAACUUCCGUCUACAUGGCAACCUCGAUUACAUAAUCUGGAAACACUCUUUUUGAGUGGGUGUUGGUCGCAUGAGCUCAAAUCUUUACAGUUCCCAGUGCUGAAGGUGCUUAAAGUUCGCAGAUACUCUGGAGGCGCUGCUCUUUUCACAUUCUCAGGCUUUAGAAGUCUACAACAACUCCGACAACUAGAAAUUUCAGAUUGUGCUUUCUUGGAAGAAAUUGCAGAGUAUGACAAAAUAUCUGGCAUCAAUAAGAAGACUAUCACGCUCUCUCACCUACAGAGAGUUGUUCUAAAAAAUUUACCAGAGCUGAAAAGUAUUAUUCAUGGAGCAAAUUAUGGGUGCCGUGUCCCGUCUUUAUGGGAAGUGGAAGUUGAGAAUUGUGGACUCUCUAAUCUUUUUUCAUUCUCAGAGUUCACAAUUCUCAGAUCUUUGAAUAUAUCAAGGUGUGCUCAUUUGGAAGAAAUUGUGGAGGUUGAGGUUUCUGGCAUGAACAAGAAGACUAUUACACUCUCUAAUCUUUAUGAAGUUACUCUUAAAGAUCUACCAAAGCUCAAGAGUUUUAUCUAUGGUACCAAUCAUGAGUGCAUACUUCUGCCAGAUUUAUCCACUGUUUCAGUCAGUAAUUGUGGGCUCUCUUCUCUGUUCACGUGCUCAGCUUCUGGAAGUCUACAAAGUCUAACACACUUGAAAGUACAGGAUUGCAGAUUGUUGGAAGACAUCAUUAAGUAUGCAAGGGGAGAUGAAAAUUCUGGUACGACUGAACAGAUUAUUGUCUCCCUCUCAGGACUCUGGUCACUUGAACUCAGAAAUUUGCCAGACCUCAAAAGUUUCAUCCACGGUGCAAAUUACCGCUGCUAUAUGCCGGCUUUGCUCAACUUGGAAGUUGAUAACUGUGGAUUCUCUACUGCCUUCACGUGCUCUGUUUUCAGGAAUCUCCAACAACUCCUAUCUUUGAAAGUAUCAAAUUGCAGAAUGUUGGAAGGCAUCUUUGAGUAUGCCAGCGUAGAUGAAACUUCUGGUACGACUGAAAAGAUUAUUCUCUCCCUCUCAAAACUCUGGUCACUUCAACUCAAAAAUUUGCCAGCUCUCAAGAGUUUCAUCCACGGUGCAAAUUACGACUGCUAUAUGCCGGCUUUGAGGAUAAUGGAAGUUGAUAACUGUGAAUUCUCUACUCUCUUCACGUGCUCUGUUUUCAGGAAUCUCCCAAAACUCCAUUCUUUGAGAGUAUCAAAUUGCAGAAUGUUGGAAGGCAUCUUUGAGUAUGCCAGCGGAGAUGAAACUUUUGGCCUCCCAAAACUCUCGUCACUUACACUCGAGAAUUUGCCAGCCCUCAAGAGUUUCAUCCACGGUGCAAAUUACGACUGCUAUAUGCCGGCUUUAGAGAGAAUGGAAGCUGAUAACUGUGGAUUCUCUACUCUCUUCACGUGCUCUGUUUUCAGGAAUCUCCAACAACUCGAAUCUUUGAGAGUAUCAAAUUGUAUAUCGUUAGAAGUCAUUGUGGAACAUGCAAGGGGUGACGACACAAAUGACAAGACUAUCACACUCCCUCGACUGGGCUGUAUUAAACUUGAAGAUCUGCCAAACCUCAAAAGUUUUGGUCGUGAUGAAAGCAUAGUUUUCAAUAUGCGGGCUUUGAGGGUUUUUGAUCUGGUUGGGUGUCCCAAGGCAGAGAAUUUCACUUCCUUCAAUACAACAAAUACUGGAAACGAAUAUGUAAGUACUCAUACUGAUGAUGACGAUGAUGAUUGUAUUUGAGUGACCGCAUAAAGAGACCAUUUAAAGAGGAACACGUGAAGUUGCCGGAGACGAAACGCCUCGUUGCCCUUAACAGGUCGAUUUAUUUACUCUCUGCCCUUUCUUUCCACUUCAUUAGUCUCAUAUUACAGCUUUUAAACCGUCUCCAUCUCAUUUUAAGUGUCCACUUUGUAAAAAAAAAAAUUCCCAAAAAAUGUGUUAUUCUUGGGUUUCGGUCCCAACACUACAAGAGAAAGCGUUUCUACCAAUGGAAUUUCCUAAGGAAAAUUAGUCCGUUGGUAGUUCCCAACGGAUUUGUAACGAUUUGACUAGUCAAUGUUCUGCCAACCAAGUCGCGACGAAAUACCCACGCUUAUUUACCAACGAGAGGUUCCGUUAGGAAUUAUAGCCACACAAUGGAAUAGUAACAAAAUGCCAAGGAAUGAGCAACAGACUGGUAACCAAAGCUUCUGUUAUUACGUGCGUUGAUAUUCCGUUGAUAAAUACCAACAGUUCCGUUAGUAA